GUAAUAAUACAAUAUGAUAUGCACUCUUGUGGUGGUCACCAGUGAUAAGGCAUAGUCCAAGAUACGUAUGCGUGCUCUCUACUGAUUUGUGCAACGCUAGCUGUGGAAGAAAACCACGAAAAAACUUUACCUACGUCAACCUUCGAAAUCGUUUCAGAAUGGAAACGCCACAGGACAGAUCUGUUCGUCUGAAACAACUAAGAGCAGACAAGGAAGUGUUGGACAGCGACUCGUUAGAGUGUCCUUAUGCUGCAAAACUCGUAAAUGAUGAAAUAAAGAACCUGGAGUUGGGAGUUGUAAAGCCACCCAAAUUUAUAGACAUUAUGACAGAUAAGCCAGUCAAGUUAGAAGUAAGAGUACGAAUCCCAGCUGAAGAACACCCAACGUUCAACUUUGUUGGCAAACUUUUGGGACCCAAAGGCCACACACUGAAACGUCUGCAAGACACAACACGAACACGGAUGUCGAUCCUGGGAAAAGGGUCACAGAGAGAUAAGAAGAAGGAAGAAGAUCUUCGUGUAGAAGGAGCUGAGAAGAAUGCUCAUUUGAAUGAAGAGCUGCAUGUCUUAGUGGAAGUCUUUGCUACUGCUUCCGAGGCAUACAACAGGCUGGCACAUAGUUUGUGUGAACUCAGAAAGUAUCUUAUCCCUGAUCCAAAUGAUGAAAUUAGACAAAGUCAGCUUCAGGAGUUGGCAAUCCUCAAUGGUUCCUACACUGAGGUACCUCCAGGUCUUGGACGUGGGGUUGUGAGUAGAGGAUAUGCUGGUCCUAGAGGGGGCAUGUCACCUCCUGGCUACAUGGGACGAAGUGGUAGUGGUAGUGGGCCAUCAGCUGGUGUGCAGGGGAGAUUCCAAUCACCACCUCAAGCCCCACAAGAAUCUAGUAGGUCCUACUCUGGACCUGGAAACACACAGAAUUCAACCAUGAGGGGUGGACCUGGUGCAGCAAGAAGUGGCUACCAAGGAGGAUUUGGCAGGUCACAACAGCAACAACCCUCACAGUUCAGUUCCAGUAGAAUGCCUCAACUACCAGGCACACAGCCGGAGUAUGAGAGUUACAGCCCGAGAGGUGGUGAAGGAUAUUGCAGCUCAGGAAGUUCUGCAGGAUUCCAAGGUGUGGAAUCUGAAGAGAACUUCGGGCCAUCAGGAUUUGGUGGUCAUACUUACAAUGGACAGAACUGGGCUGAGUCUGAAACACGCAUGAAAGCACCUUCCUUCAUGGCUCCACAGAAAGAUAUACAUGUGAAAAGUGGACAGGACUUGAGGAGUGACACGCUCCAUGAAACACAAUGGAUUUUACUCUAUGCAUCCUCCAAGCAAGGUGUUGUGGCCUUCAUCACACCAAGAGGCCUCCCAGCAAAAGAGAGAGAUAUUUGGGAGUCAUUCUUCAGAAGUAGACUUUCUUAAAGCAGCUGAAAAAGGCAGAGGGUGCUGGUGAAAUGUUAACAGUCCCUAAUAUCCAUGAAGUUUUGUAUUUAAAUUGUCUUUAUGUUAAAACCAUGUAAUGGUGCCUAUAUUUUUUAUAGAUACAUGUAUAGAGUCCAGACUCUAUCACUUUUUGUUAGGUUAGUGACAAAUGUUGAACAGUGUAGUACAUGUACAUGGCUGGCGUCCAGCCUCCACUGCAUCUGCCCUUAAAAGUAACCAACCAGAUACCGGUACACCCGUUUUAUUGUUGUAUGGGCGACACACAGCAAUAGUAAAGGGGACAACAUCCUUGUUAGGACACACAAAAGUCCCAUAAUCCGGUCUUAAAUUUCCCAGUAUCAGAAAUCGUCCAGUAUGUUUGUGUCAACCAGGGCAUACACACUCAAAAAUGAAGUGGUUACGGUUUGUCUAGAAUGGGAAAGAGUAAUAGGGCUGAGUUAGUGUUUAUUUUGUGUAAAUUAAACAUAAGCAAAAGUCUUUAAAAUGGGUUCGACAUGAACUCCCUCCAAGGAACACGGUAUGCCAUUGUUGGCUGAUACUUUCUUAUAACAAAAAAUGCACCUUGCCCUGUUAAACAUCUUACAUAUGUUCAAAUACUGUACUCAAAUUUCUUGUUGUAAUUAAUUUGAAUGUUUUAAAGUGUCAGACAACUAUAAAGUGUCAAAUUGACUCCAAGUGUAUGCCAGAGAAAAACUAUAAUUGAAUAAUGUUUCAAACAAAACAACUGAGCCUAACCUGAUUGUGAUGAAGGGUAUGGAUUUUGUUAAGAGUUUGACAAAAUUAAGACCAUCGAAUCUCAAAGCUUUAGAGGAGUCUGGAUGUUUUACAAAGAGGAGGAUCUUAUUUAUUACAGUGCUAGUAUUGCUUGUUCAUACUUUCAAAACGUAUCUUUUCCGUUUGACACUUGUAAUUGGAUUUUAGGGUAAAAUGUACUUUGUCAUCUGUAAGUUGGCAACCAGAAGUAGAAGCUAAAUUUACUACAGUGGCACAAUGCUCAUGGACAGAUGGUAUGUGCACCUUAUGCAACUUCAACCAACAGCAUAUUGUGAUUUGCCAAAUACAUGGCCCAUCAAGUCCAAAAAUCUGUGAGUUGGUGCAGUGCAACUGUUUCAUUUUGUCUUUCAUCACUCUUUCCUUUUUUACAAAAAUUGAGGGGGAUGCAAGGGUAUGAUUCUAAUUAAACACCAGGGAACACCUCUCUGUAAAUGUUUCCAAGAAUUAACAUAUCUGUUAAUCAAGUUAACUUACACAUUACUCAGAAUAUCUUAAUCGGUAUAAGUACCUAUUUUAUACAAGCAGUAAUAUUUUACAGCAUCCUGAAGAAUGAGUCAAGGAGGCAUGUUUGGGUUGACUUAACUUUUUUGUAAUUUCUAUUAACAAAGGAACACACCUUUUCUGGCUGUUCAGCUAAGUUAGGUGACUUGAAUUGAUUCCUGUGGUGAGGUUGUUUAAGAUACUACCAAGCUAGGAUUGUUGUUGCUCCGGCUCAUAUCCUUUUUUAAGCUGAUGAUCAUCAUUAUUCUGGGCUAUGAAAUCAAACUACAGUUUUUAUUUCUUUAAAAAGGGUUUUUAGCAUGAGAAAUUCCAUGUGGGCUUAAGAAUAACCUGAAAUGCGAGUCAUGCUCAUGCUUGAGAGCUGGCAGCCUUACAUUUACAAAUGCUGACUAGAGUUAUCAGAAGUUUGCCGAUUGCCUGAAACUGAGUAAAAUGAGUAUACAUGUACUACAUGUAGCACAAAUUACGUUAAAGUAGUGGAUCUGAAGUUAUUCAUUAUUGACAGGUGGGUACAUAGACGGAGAGAAGAAUGUUAUACUUCAUCAAAAAUGAGCUGCUUUCUAUGAAACUUACUUGGAGUUAGUCCUAUCAAACCCUCAUUCAAACAACUGUUUAUCAUUUACCAUGCAAUGUUAUCCUUGUUACAUUAGUAUGCAUACUAUGUUUAUCUCUACACAAAGGAAUGGCUAUCACUAAUGAUGUAAUAAAUGUUCUUUCUGUUAACAAUUCGUUCACAUGUUUAUAUGAAGAUUAUCUUAAGCAUAUUUAUUGGCAUUUCAUUCUCAGGGCCAACAGCCUGUACACAUUUACACUUAAUUCAGUAACUUAAUUUCACAACAAACCAGCCAAUGGUAAGUCAACUUUUCCCAAUUUUUAUGAACACAACAUAUGAAUUGACUACUAUUGUACUUUCUUAAUUUAUAUCCAUGUAAUAUAUCAGUCUUGAAAUUAAAUAUAUUUUGUACUCUUAUAAGAACUUGA